UCGAUAUUCGCACAUUCUCUAACCCCCCAAUCUACAGUCUACCCGCCAUUCGUCUUCCCCCUCCACCUGACUAGUAUUGCUACUGCCACUCUCGCUGGUCAAGCUCUCUCCUGUCUGCUCAAUCCCUUAGCCAGCUGCUCCUGCAAUGGCCAGGUCUCUGGUUGUCCCUCUAGCUAGUACAGCACCAUCAAAGCACUCUUCUUUGUUCCCAAAUUUCCCUUUCCAUUUCCAUUCUCAUUCCAUUCCCUCCAGAACCCUUUCUUUGGCUAUCCACAAGCCUUCUAAUUGUUAUACCCACUAUUCUCUAACUUCACUUCAUCGACGCCUCUCUCCGGUUCCUGCUCUAGAUUCCGACGUUCCUCACCCUCUUCAGGAGGGAUCAGCGAAUGUAAAGGGUAGUAAGAGCUUUGAACAAUGGGAUUCAUGGACGGCGAAAUUUUCCGGAGCCUCAAAUAUCCCAUUUCUGUUGCUUCAAAUGCCUCAGAUCAUCCUCAACGCGCAAAAUCUAAUGGCUGGCAAUAAAACUGCCCUUUUUGCUGUGCCAUGGCUGGGGAUGUUUACUGGGUUGCUCGGAAAUCUUUCUUUACUUUCUUACUUUGUGAAAAAGAAGGAAACAGAGGUAAUUGUGGUGCAAACGCUGGGAGUGGUUUCCAUUUAUUUAGUAAUUACUCAGCUUGCAAUGGCAGAAGCUAUGCCUCUGCCUCACUUUCUGGCCACUUCAGUAGUUGUGGCAACCGGUCUGGUGUUGAAUUUCUUCAAUUUCCUUGGAAAGCUUAAUGCUGGAAUCUGGCGUGUUUGGGAAGAUUUUAUAACAGUGGCUGGACUCUCGGCUCUUCCCCAGGUCAUGUGGUCUACGUUUGUCCCAUAUAUACCAAGCACCAUCUUGCCUGGGGCAAUAGCAUUUGUCACAGCUGUAGCAGCUGUUAUAAUGGCACGAACAGGCAAGCUUUCAGAGAAAGGUGUUAAAUUUGUUGGAGGAAUAUCUGGAUGGACGGCAACUCUUCUUUUCAUGUGGAUGCCAGUUUCGCAAAUGUGGACAAAUUUCCUGAAUCCUGAUAACAUCAAAGGCUUAUCAGCUUUCUCAAUGCUGCUUGCUGUGAUUGGAAAUGGACUUAUGGUCCCACGUGCACUCUUCAUUCGUGAUUUUAUGUGGGGCCAAUCAAAUCCUGUGGAUGGCAACAUUAUGGGGAUUUCAGUACUAGAGUUCCCAAAGACCAUGAGUUCACUGGGUCAUCCUGGGCUGCACUCUUUUAUGGGUAUGGGAAUAUUUUAUGCAUGUACUGUUUCAACAGUAUCAGCAGAGAAUUCUUUCUUGCAGCCACUGCUGGUUUGGUUCUAUGGAUAGGAAUGGCUCUGUGGAGAGACGCUGUAGUAUAUGGAUACAACUCACCUCUGACAUCCUUGAAAGAGUUGGCCUUUGGCUCAACUUGAAGUUCCAUGCAAUGCUGCCAUGAAGCUUAGAUGACAUGAAAGCAACCAGAUCCCAAGAUCUUAUAUCUGAAGCAUGAAAUAUGAAAAUUCAUCUUCAUUACUAAGGUGCCAUUGCUUGGUCAGGAUUGCUGCCACAGUUUUCCAACCAUUAACUUUUAAUCAAAGAGCUUGUCGUAUGGAGAUCAAUUGAUGCCCUUCCACUGAACAUUGCGGAAUCCUAAAUUGGUAUGAUAACAGAAAUUUAGGAUGGGGAUAUAUGAUUAAUAUUUGUAAUAAUUGGAGGUGGUAUUGUUGUCCAGUGCUCGAUUAUUGAAAGGCACAUUGAAGUUACAGAGACAGCAGAAUGAUUCCUGUUAAUGAAUGAAUGAUUUUUCUUGCAAUAAAAAGUCUAAUUCAUUUCAAAA